GAUUAUCAAGCUAAUGACCCGAGAGGCCGAGAGACCUAUUUGGUGGUCAGAACAAUGUAAUCAUAAGCCGAACCACCUCAAUUUAGAUCCUUAAUGAAUCACACUAGUUCUCACUAGGAAAUCGCUUUCCAAACUCGUCACCUUUCCUUUUCCUCCGCCAUAACAGUGGCUGAUCUCCUCCACUUUCCGCCAUUAAUGAACGAACUUCAAUGAAAAUGCAUCUAAAAAACUCCACAACUCUCUUCACAUCUCUAAUCUUCUCAACUCUCAUCCUUCUUUACCUUUACUCUUCUCUCCUCUCUUUCUCCUCUCCCAAACAACUCCCAAUUCCCCAUUCUAAACCCGAAUCCGAACAAAAAACCCACUUUUCUUCUCUAAAUCAAUGCAAUUUCUUCAAGGGGAGAUGGGUAUCCGACCCGAAUCGAAAACCCAUGUAUGAUGAAACUUGCCCAUUUCACAGAAACGCCUGGAAUUGCUUGAGAAAUAGGAGAGAGAAAAUGGGUAUGAUUAAUUCUUGGAAAUGGGUGCCUGAUAAUUGCAGUUUGAAUCAGAUUGAUCCAUUAGGGUUUCUGGGUAUGAUGAGAAAUAAGAAUAUUGGGUUUAUUGGGGAUUCUUUGAAUGAGAAUUUCUUGGUUGCUUUUUUGUGUAUUUUGAGGGUUGCUGAUAAUGGUGCUAAGAAGUGGAAAAAGAAGGGUGCUUGGAGAGGUGCUUAUUUCCCUAUGUUUAAUGUCACUGUUGCUUAUCAUCGUGCUGUUUUGCUUGCUAAAUACCAGUGGCAGCCAAAAGAGUCUGACCAGGAUGGAAUAAAAGGCAUAUAUAGAGUGGACAUUGAUGUUCCUGCUGAUGAAUGGGUUCAGAUCACCAAAUUUUAUGAUGUCCUCGUCUUUAACACUGGCCAUUGGUGGGGCCCUCAUAAAUUCCCAAAAGAGACGCCUCUUGUGUUCUAUCAAAAUGGAAAGCCUAUUCUUCCCUCCCUUGAUUUUCAGGAUGGGCUUAAAGUUGUCUUGAAAAGUAUGAUAUCGUACAUAGAAAAGGAAGUUCCUAACACUAAGCUCAAACUUUGGCGGAUGCAAUCACCAAGGCACUUUUUUGGUGGAGAGUGGAAUCAGAAUGGCAGUUGCUUGUUUGAUGAACCCCUUGAAGAACCUCAGCUUGAUUUGUGGUUUGAUCCUGUCAACAAUGGAGUCAACAAAGAAGCAAGGGAGCUUAAUCAAGUGAUUGAUGAGGCAUUACAAGGAAGCAACAUCCAAAAGCUCGACUUGAGUCAUCUGAGUGAGUACCGAGCAGAUGCUCAUCCAGCAAUAUGGCUUGGAAAGAAGGAUGCUGUUGCAGUUUGGGGCCAAGAUUGCAUGCAUUGGUGCCUUCCUGGUCUUCCAGAUACUUGGGUUGAUAUAUUAUCAGAAUUGAUUCGCUACAAUUUUGGGGACUGAGUAGUCAAUUUGACUAGAAUUUGAACCAUAUUUGCAAGAUAAGAUAUCAGAAAUCCCAUUUUCUUCAUUUUCUUAUGAUCUGAAAGGGGAUUUGCUGUUCAAGACUAGUUAGACAACUUCCCGUGAAUUGUGUUGAACUCCGAUGCUUUCAAUCUCAGGCAAGUUGGGUCACUGAACAGGUUUUGAUUACGUUGUGGACCAGUUUCAUCUGAUUGUGAAAACUCAACAGUCGAUUUCAUCUGCUGAAGUUUAAUAUGUUGGGCUAAAAGGCUUCGUUAUUCAUUUCAGAUUUCACAUAUUCACACAACUGUUCUACAGAAGAUUAGGUUAAGUUUGCUGGACGACCUUGGCUAUGCUGUUGCAAGAGACCUUAUAGCUGUAAAGCCUGUAAGGCUGUAAUAGAACAUAGGUCCUAGAUGAUUUAUAGGCCUAAUUCAUUCAUUUAUACAUAUGUUAGUAAUAUUACCCUGAAAAUGUAGAGGAUUUCUUUUUCAGUUUGUUCCAAUUUGUUUAAAGCUAAAUUUCUGUAGGCAACAACAAUACAAUAUUGUAAUGAAUUGGUGAGACUUCAGAAACUUCUAACGUUA